AUGGGAUCUGAAGUCCGCGAAGUCUUGGAAGCGUUGAUUAAAAAAGUUGAAAACAGUGAAGUUUUCAAUGGGUGCAAACCUGACAAAGAUUUAGACGAUGAAGACGUAGAAGAAAUAAUUUUCCUGGAAGAUGUUCCGGAGACAAACCUUGCAGAACUGACAGCUGGGCGUUCUUCUUUUGACGAUCUUCCAGAAGAGCUUGCUCUUAAAAUAUUUUCUUUUUUGACUUUUAGGGAGCUGUGCAAGCAUGUCGCUCCUGUUUGUAGGCAAUGGUUGUGUUAUUCAAAAUGCCCUCUUUUACGGCAAAGUUUGUCGCUUUUGGAAACUUAUAGCUGGAUAACUUCACUUGAGGAACUUAGCGAGAUAAUUCGAUCGAACUUUCCUCUUCUUAAACAUCUGUAUCUUCAACCAAGAACUGAACUGACUUUGCAUGGCUGUGUUAUUUUAGCUCAGUCAUGUCCUCUUCUGCAGUCUUUGUCAUUAUCUUUCUGUGGUCAAGUCACCAAAGAUACUCUUGAUCAGUUUGCCACGUUCUGUCCAUAUUUACGUGACAUAAACUUAGAAGGUUGUGCUGUGACUGAUAAGUGUUUGGAAUGUUUGGAAUGCUUACCUUUAAAAAGGUUAAAUACUUCGCACUGUACUCAACUCACAGAUUACGGACUAAAGUUUCUUUCCACACGAUGUCACCAACUUUGUUCAUUAAACUUUGAUGGCAUCCAGUGGAUUACUCAUGAUGCCAUAGCGGUUUUAGUUAAAAAUUGCCAAGACCGUUUGGAGCAUUUGUGGUUGGAUGCAGAAAGCAUGACAGAUGAUACAGUUCAGCUGAUUACUAAAUGUCGACGUCUUAAGUAUGAGGCCAUAUUAUUAAGUAUAAUAUUGUAAACAUGCCAACUUCUCUUAAGUCAAAUCACAGGGAUCCCUCACAACCUGUUUGUGUAACUGAUUCUUUCGUAUACCUUCUAUUGACAAUUGGUACCCCUUUCAGAUACCUUGUUUACAACUUUUGCAUCCCUUUUAACUGCAGUAAAUGCACUGUCUUUUAAACAGGAAUCAGUCACAAAAUCAGAACAUUUUCUUGACUUUAUAAAGCCAUAAAAUUCAUCUGUAAGCCCUUUUGGGCAAAAUUCACGGACCCAAAUGACAGAUUUCCCUACCCUUUUAUAUGCUUACACUAGUUAAAUCCCUACCCUUUCAUAUACCUGAAGCCCGAAAAAGACACCCCUUUUGGGCAGAGUCUCCCCUUAUAGGCCAUCAUAUAGAGUACCCCCCCGGGAUUUACCGUUUGCUUCAUCUACAGCAUUAUAUCUUUAAAUAUUUGGAUCGUAUUUACAGUUUUUGAAUGUCAAAAUACGCAGUACAAGUACCAGCUAGAAACUGUCCAUGUACUUUCCCUGUGGUCAAAUGUGUGAUUUUGGCAUCCACAUUCCUUGAGAUAAUUAUAUAAAAAUCUGAUGAAUUCUAAAUGGUGCCAAAGACAUGCCCACAACCUAUGAACAGUACUAAAGGUUACCAAAGAUUUCCAAAGGUUGCCAAGGGUAGCAUUGGCACCCCUGACCUUGUCGACAUAGCACAUUUCUACCUGUAUAAUUUUUGUGAGGUAUUGUGACAUCUUGCAGAGAUCAAGCAUGCCUUGGCAAGAUUGUUUUUCAUGUUAAUAAUUACAGAAACAGUAGCGCAGAAUAGUGAAUGAAUGUAAAAUAUUAUUUUAUUGCAUCAUGCAUGUGAGUUGGCAGAUAUAACUAAUAACUAUUGUGGUGGUUCAAUUUUGACCCGGGGGGGGCUACUUGGGUUUAUGUUUGCUGGGUAUGUGUGGCUGGCCUCUCAAAGCCCUUACCCCAUUAUAGUCUAUUUUUUGGCCAGUUAUAGACCCCACCCUAGUCACUUUUUGGAAAAUGUAAUUUUUGCAAUCACUUUCUAUUUAUGCAUGUACCUUACCUACCAACUUUCUGAUUUUUUAACCAAGAAUCUUCCCAUUUUGAAUCCCUACUUACCCCAAAAAUCCGAAAAUUUACGACCCCAUUCUAGUAAAUUGAUUGAAAUGCAACCCCAUUAUAGUCAAUCCAGUCGUGAAAAUGUGGCCCCAUCCAUUUUGGUUCAAUUUGUCCUUGAUUUGAAUUUUAUUUUCCUUUGUUUCAAACUGAGUAUUAUCCAUUUAAAUAACCUAAGUAGGUAAAAUAAAACACAUUUGAAAUAUAAACCACGGAUAAAAUAAUAUUGAACCUUGACAUAGUCGCAGACUGAUUUCACAUAACAUCACAUCUGCCUUAUUGAUAUCCUAACCAUAAAUUUAAAGGUGCCCAACCCUGUAAGAGUUAAACCUUUUUCUUCUGUAAACACAUUCUUUUGUUCCAACAACUUUGCAUAGCUGCCACUGGACGUGAGCUCAAAAUAUACAGGUGUAUUAGUAUGUGCCUAUGCAAACUAUGCAGUUACAUUGUCUUCUGGUGAUAAGUCAGAGGUCAAAAAGCUUACUUCAGACUGAAACAGACAAGGUGACAAGACAAUUAAUUGGUGAUCAUUUGUUUAAAAAGGUUUUCAUUCCCAUACAAUUUAAGUCUAUUUUUAGUCUUCUUACAAAAUCACCAUAAUACAUCUAAGUAUUUACAUCAUUUACUUUAGAUACCCUAACAUGCACACUGCAUGCAGUCAAAUAGUGCAUGCUUUUCUUUUAUUGGGUUGAUCGACUUUAAUGACAUAUGUUUUGUUUUAUUCCGUCACAGAUUUUUUGGUUUGUCAUUUUGUGAGUCACUGACUGACCAGUCUUUACUAUAUGUACAGAAUAUGGUUAACUUAGUGUCUCUUAGACUGAAAAAGGGAAGUGAAUUCUCAGGUGAAGCUCUGAAAGAACUAUUUGUACAAUUGCAUCCAGAAAGGACAGGAAAUCCCACAGGGCUGCUACACAUCACUGUGGCUGAAUGCACAAAUCUUAAUGAUGCUGCUUUACAUGCCCUGGCAGAAAGGUAUUCAUGUAAGCUAAUAAUUUUGGGUUCAUUGAUACUAGCUUAGGGCCAACUAUAAGGUCCUAUUUAAUCGAAAAAUAUCUAUUUUGCAUUCCUAUUACAGUGCAACCUUGAUUAACUAACCUCCUGAUUGUCCAAAAUAAUCCUAAAUUUUCUGGGCUGCAUAAAUUCCUUUUUCAUGAAGGUGUGGUAAAUUGUCAUUAAGAUCUGAGGUCAUGAUUAAUAAUUAUUAUUUUCUUUUCAAGUGUUGAAAUAUAUAACCUCCCUGCAGACAUUCUUAGCAUCUGCGGGGGAGGCUAUGGAAUAUAUGCCUUUGAAGUGAAUUUAUUUUCCUUUCUGAAGAACAAAUUAUUUGAAGUGUUCACGUGUGCGCAACAUUUAUCUGAACACUGGAAACUGAGUUACUCUCUUAACCACAGAUGACAGAUGAAAAAAUUUUAGGCAAUAUUUACUUGUUGGACAAUCUUCCAUUGCAAUGGACAAAAGUAUAGUUAUGAAUAAUAUUCUAAUUUUCAAUCAUGCAGACUCUAUUUUCUGGACUAUUAAUUUACUCUAAUCUCACUAAGUCAAUAUAAUCAAGGAUCCACUGUACCUCCGUCUCAGUGUCUUCCUAAACUAAGUUCUUUACAUUCAUUUUUCAUGUAGAAAAAUGCAGAUUAUUGUCAGAUAGGAGCUAUAUGCAGUCGUCAAUCAUCGAUCUGAACAGAGAAAGACAUGCAAAAUGUUAUGAAUAUUAAAAUGUAUAUGUUUAAAGUCCUUGACUGGAAUCAUACUCAACAAGCCAAAUAUUAAUAUACAAUUAAUACGCUAUACUACUUUUCUUAGAGCCUUAACCCUUAAUGUGCAAGGAUAAGCAGUAUCAAAAAUGUUUUGGGUGAUUUGUAAAGUAAUAAAUGGAGUGGUCAGAGCAGUACCUGACCAAAAAUCCGGGGUCUUAUGGGCUCAAUUAAUACAACAAGGUCAGUGUUAUGAAGAUUUACAUCUUUUUCAGCAAGUUUGUUUUAUAUCUGAAGUUGUAGGUAUCUGGAAAGCCUUGAUAUCUCCUGGUGCUGGGAAGUAAAUGAUUCUGGUCUAGACCAUGUGGUCAAAAAUUGUCACCGCAUGGUUGAUAUGAACAUUUGUGGUGCGAAAGAUUUGCGUGGAAAUCCUCUGAAAAAGAUACCCCAGGAUAUGCCCAUGUUACGGCAACUUGAUGCUACACAGUGUAAUCUUGUACCAGAUGAGAUGUUGGAGGAACUUGUAUUUUUAAUGCCAUGGUUGACUGUCACUAAUUAUUAUGGAGAGGACGUAAAACCUCCAAAACACAAGAACAGAAUGCAGUACUUUCCCGCUCAAGAAGGGUGGUGUCAGUUUGCAUUGCAAACAAACGAUGUUAGAGACACAUAAAUUAUGUGGGAAAAAGUCAUGAUAUUAGAAAGCUGGAUAUAUUACCCAACCUGUUUUUCAGAUAAUUCAAGUUUAAGUGAGCGUCCUUAUGCCGUCUGAGACUAUCAAGUAAGAAAAUACCAUUAUAAAUGAUAAUGCUAACUUAUACCUGUUUCAAGAGAUAUGAUCCUAUACUUUAGUUAUUUA